AUGGCGAGCGGGGCGAGCGGCCCGUGGAGCGAGUGGCCCGUGGAUCACUUCCUGCGCGCCGGGCGCAUCGCGGCCCGGGACGGCGCCGCCGUGCGCUGGUUCCACGCCGCCAACAGCCGCGCCCGGGCGGCGCGGGCCGCGCGAAGCGACGUGCACAUGGUGGAGGUGGAUGUUGUCCUGCGGGGAGGGGACGGGGACCCGGUCCUGGCUCACCCCCCGGACACCGACAGCGACAUCACCCUGCAGGAGUGGCUGGCGCUGAUGGCCAGCACCAACAAAGGCAUCAAGCUGGACUUUAAGAGCCUGGCCGCCGUGGGACCGUCCCUGGAGCUGCUGGGGCAGGUGGGGCAGCGCCUGGCCCGGCCCGUGUGGCUGAACGGGGACGUCGUGCCGGGGCCCCGCGGGGACCGCGCGCCGCUGGACGCCCGCGCCUUCCUGCGCGCCACCACCGCCUGCUGCCCCGAUGCCACCCUGUCCCUGGGCUGGAGCACGGGCUGCCACCGCCGCCCAGGGUACGGGUGGCCCAUGGUGCAGGAGAUGUGGCAGCUGUGCCAGCCGCUGUCCCAGCCGGUGACGUUCGCGGUCAGGGCUGCGCUGGUGCCCGACUCCCUCCCGCAGCUGCAGUGGCUGCUGCAGCAGUGCCCCAGAUACAGCCUCACUGUUUGGACAGGAAAGGAAGAUGUGUAUUCUGUAGAAGACUUGCUUCUCAUCCGAGAAAAUUUUGAUAAAAGUAGGGUUUAUUAUGACAUCUUUGAGCCACAAAAUUCUGAAUUCAAAAAAGCCAUUGGAAUAGAAUAGUGCAUGCAAAGCAGGCAAUGCUUGACCUCACAGUGCUUUAUGUUGCAAACCCCUUUAAAUGUGAGGAUUUUUUCAUUCAAAGAAAUGCACUUUCCCUGCCAGAAGCA